AACUCCCUCACCCUCCUCUUCCUCCUCUCUCUCUCACUCUCUCUCUCUCUCUCUCUCUCACACACACACACACACAAGAUGUCAAGUGUGAAAGAACUAGUAGAAAGAGGCUGCCUCACAUCCAUUCCAUCCAAGUUUGUUUUGGCGCAGAAUUCCAAUGAUCUCAUGCUUUUAGAAGAAGAAGAAGCAGAAGAAAUCCCCAUUAUCGACUUUUCCCACUUUUCAGGAAGUGCAAAACAAGCAGCCAAAGUCAUCCAAGACAUUGGCUAUGCAUGCCAACAAUGGGGAUUCUUUAUGCUAAUCAACCAUGGUAUGCCAGAGAAUCUGGUAGAUGAGAUGUUGAAAGUUAGUCAAAGUUUUUUCGAACUAUCAGAGGACGAAAAGAGAGAGUACACUGGGAAAUCACUGUUUGAUCCUGUAAGGUAUGGGACAAGCUUUAAUGUUUCUGUGGAUAAGACCUUGUUUUGGAGGGAUCAUCUCAAGGUUCAGGUUCAUCCAAACUUCAAUGCCCCUUUGAAGCCCAAUAAAUUCAGAGAAUUUUCACAAGAGUACUGCAAAAGAGCCCGUGACAUCGCCGGUGAAUUGCUCAAAGGGAUAUCAUCAAGCUUGGGAUUGGAAGAAAACUACAUAAAUAAAGAAAUGGAGGUUGAAUUUGGGUCACAGCUCCUGCUUAUUAAUCUCUACCCACCCUGUCCACAGCCAGAAGUGGCUAUGGGGAUGCCUCCUCACUCAGACCAUGGCCUAUUGACCCUACUGGUACAAAAUGAGGAAAAUGGCCUUCAAGUAUUACAUAAUCACAAAUGGGUUCUAAUUAAACCCCUAGCCAAUUCUAUUCUUGUGAACACUGGCGACCAUAUGGAGAUAUUGACUAAUGGAAAAUACAAGAGUGUGUUACACAGAGCAAUGGUUAACAACAGAGCAACCAGAAUAUCCGUAGGAACAGCACAUGGACCACCACUUGAGAGAAUCGUAAGCCCAAGCAAGGCCUUGGUGGAUACUGAAAUAAGUCCAGCAGCAUACCGUGGAAUCAAAUAUAGGGAGUACAUAGAGCUUCAGCAAAGCAAUGUACUCAAUGGUAAAUCUUGCUUGGGUCGAAUCCGAGUUGACGUAAGUUUAUGAUGCUCUCUUUGUGUGUGUGUGUCACACACUUACAAAUGCCUAUCAUAAAAGAAAUUGUAAUAUGGUCUUGGGACGAAUAUCCUGAAAUUAUAGUUGACGUGUAAGUAAAUGUGUUAACUUUAUUCAAUUUUUUGAGCUUGCAUCUAGUAAUUCGUUGGGACUAUUGAUCUCGGAAUCAUAUAAGAGAGAUUAUAUAAAGUGGGUUAAUGUCAGCUAUGUAUGUAUUUGUGUGUUUUAUGUGUUCAAUUCAAAAUGUUAAUGUGGUUUUGUUAUA